AUGGCAGUACUGAGAUCAGACAUCCUCAGUGGCUGGACUUGCAUCUGCACCAUGAGAGACAGAUGUCUAAGAGUGCUGCCAGAUCUGUCAGUGCUGCUGUUGUUGCCAUUGGUUGCUGCAGCACAGAAGGAUGGGGCCUGUAUUCGAUGGUGCCCUCCGAACCCUCCAUGUGUCAAUGCCCACGCCUGUCACUGCGCACCAGGAUUCAGUGCUGCAUCGAGCAGCGUCUUCACCAGCGGCCACUUGAAGAGUUGCAAUGGUACAGAGGACUGUGGACCAAACUCAAACUGGUCCUGUAGAUUAUAUUUAGACUGCCAAGACUUCAUGGAGUCCUUCUGCAGAUGCAACCGAGGCAACGUGCCUGUUUCUGAGGAAAUGUUCCACAUUGAUCCUGACGACCCGUGUGAUGGACUCAUUUUGCAUCAUCUCUUUUUGACAUUGGAUGCUGCAGAGGAAACCGUUAAAGCCUCUACCCCAGAAGACUGUGCUUGGUGGUGUCCUCUGAACUCCAAAUGUGUCAAUGCCACUGCUUGUCGCUGUGCUCAGGGAUUCAAUUCUUCAUCUGGAGAGAUCCUCACUAGACUCGUCGAGAGAUGUAAUGGGACCUCCUCCCGCCCCAGGAUUCCACACCCUAGAAUCAACAACAACAAGAGGUUCUCCGGCUUAUUACAAAAAUUUGAUGAUUUGGACAGAGACAUCACGUCAGCCUCGGAUCCGGACAACAUCCAGAACCUCAUACAGGAGGUGGAUGACCUGCUGGAGAGCCCCGGGGACCUGGAGAACUUGACCCACUCAGAACAGAACUAUGUGGCCACUAACCUGCUUCUCAACUUGGAACAUGUCGUCAGAAAGCUGAGCAAGGCCCCACCCAAUGAAUCGCUGACCUUUAAAGCAACUGGAGGCACAGAACUGUCUCUGAAGAUAAAGAAGCAAGGAGACAGGCAGGUCACCUUGAGUGCUAAUCAGGCAAAGAUGGUGCUGGACUGGGAUGCAGUACAGGAAUCUGGUGAUUCAGGUCCGUCUAUGGUGGGCCUUUUGUCCACACCAGGAAUGGGCAAGUUGAUGGCUGAAGCCCCCCUGGUUCUAGAAGCUGAGGAGCAGUCAGUUCUGCAUGAGACACACACGGGCCUGUUGGAGGAAGUUUCCCCCGUCCUGCUCUCAGAUGUCAUCUCCGUCGUUGUGAGCAAUAAUAACACCCAGAACCUAAGCUCCCCAGUCACCUUCAUCUUCAAGCAUGCAGUGACCCCAAGGCCAUGGCAAAAGGUGUUCUGCGUCUUCUGGGAGCCUAGCCAGAAUGGAAGUGGUCAUUGGUCCACCAAAGGCUGCUGGAGGGUGGGCACCGGAGACUCCAGCACCACCUGCCAAUGCAGCCACCUCAGCAGCUUUACCGUCCUCAUGGCCCACUAUGAUGUGCAGGAGGAGGAUCCCGCCCUGGCUGUGAUCACCUACCUGGGGCUGAGCCUCUCUCUGCUGUGCCUCCUCCUGGCGGCCCUCACCUUCCUGCUGUGCAAAGCCAUCCAGAACACCAGCACCUCACUCCACCUGCAUCUCUCACUCUGCCUCUUCCUGGCCCACCUGCUCUUCCUCACAGCCAUCGACAGAACUGAGAACAAGGUGCUGUGCGCCAUCAUCGCGGGUGCCUUACACUAUCUCUACCUGGCCUCCUUCACCUGGAUGCUGCUGGAGGGCCUGCACCUCUUCCUCACUGCUCGCAACCUGACGGUGGUCAACUACUCCAACGUGAGCAGGUUCAUAAAGAAGUUCAUGCUCCCUGUGGGCUACGGAGUCCCAGCUGUUAUUGUGGUCAUUUCCACAGCUUCCAGGCCUCACCUUUAUGGAACACCUGCCCGAUGCUGGCUCAGCACACAAAAGGGAUUUAUAUGGACCUUCCUUGGCCCCGUCUGCACCAUCUUCUCUAUUAACUUGGCUUUCUUUCUGAUGACCAUCUGGAUUCUGAAAACCAAGCUCUCCUCACUCAACAGGGAUGUGUCCACCCUCCAGAACACGAGGAUGUUGACAUUUAAAGCGAUGGCUCAGCUCUUUAUCUUGGGCUGCACAUGGUGUCUGGGAAUCUUGCAGGUGGGUCCAGCUGCUCAUGCCAUGGCCUAUCUCUUCACCAUCAUCAACAGCCUGCAGGGCGUCUUCAUCUUCCUGGUGUACUGUCUCCUCAGCCAGCAGGUCCAGGAGCAAUACAGGAUAUGGUUGAAAGCGGUCAAGGAAACUAAAGUCGACUCUGAGAAGUACACACUCUCCAGCAGGGCUAUGUCUGAAGUCUCCAAACACAAUGUGGAGAACGAAAUUAACAACUAAACCAGAUGAUCCUGUUUCC